AUGGCGGAAGCCUGGCUUCAGGAGGAAGAGGAGGAGGAUUUGCGAGGGGCGAGCGACAGGGACCCCGGCUCCAGGCGCGUCUCGUCGGGGAACAGGAGGCGGCAUCCAGCAGAUCGUCCUGAUCGAAAUAAGCCAGACCAGGCACCACGCAGCUCUAGUCAAGGACCACUGUCUUCCAUAAGAGCAGCUAUCAAGAGAUCAUCAAGUCGUGCAGCAGCCCAGAUUGAACUGCAGAGAGAAAGGAGACGCCCGGAGAUCACUAUCUUAUCUGCAGAACCCAUAGGUCCUAGUCCUUGGUAUCCCGGAGUCCCAGGUGACUGCAUACCGUCUCCUAGGCAGGGCCAUUGCAGGCAGAGCGCUGCCCAUUCUCGGUCACUGUGGCGAAUCGACGAGCCUGUUGCUGCAGAACCUCCCCCAUCGUACGAGCAGGUGAUCCGCGAAAUCAACCAGCAGCAAGUUAUCGUGACGACUGCUAAUGCUGCUCCAAGACGCACGACCACCAGUGCCUCAACCCAGACUGACUUUGUGCAGGAGGUUGAGACUCCGGAGACCAGCAUCGGCGAAGCCAACCUUGUUAACAUAAGCAACACGACUCCGAGCACGGUUCCAGUUCCGAGACCACUGAAGCCCCCCAGGCCGCUGUUUCUCACCCCCAUACCUUCUGUGGAAAUUGAAGAAUCUUUAAUCUCAAUAGAAAGUAGUUCCAGCACGGAAGAAAGUAGUUCCAGGCGAGAAGGAAGUAGUUCCUGUAAAGAACAAAGUGUCCAAACCAACACUGAUGUUGUGGAGCGUCCCAUACCAAAGCCCAGGUCCUUAGUGAACUUGAAGGUACUUUGGAAAGAAGCUCCAAGUGAGACGUCUGACGGAGAAGAUAAAGAAAGUCUACCUGACUCGGACAGCAUACCUUUGUUCGAAUUGUGCCAAGGUCCAGCUACAGAAGACAAUUUUGAUAACCAAGACACAAUGGGAGACGGUGGUGGGCACAACAUUCAUUCGAGGAUCAAGGCCUUUGAAACACAGACAGAUUCUGAAAAUACACCUGGUUGUGCUCCAAGGCCUUUAAAAAGACCAGAAGCUGCCCCUCGAUCCUUUGGGCUUAAACCUGCAGUAACACACGCAAAGCCCACUUUAGCCCUGAAACCUUCUGUGGUCACAGAAAUUUGGGAGAUUCUGCUACAGGGACUGAAAGCAAACCUAUAGAGUGGGGAGGCAGGGGCCAGUACUGCUGCCGAAACCACAGUCUGCAAGCACGGCAGCUGUCUCAGGCCAGAACCACCCAAGAAAUCUAAAGUUAGUCUCUUUGCCGACGUUAAGGCAAGUGGCGGUGUGACGAAUGAUUCUUUUCACCUCAGUAAUGAAGCAGAUCGAACUCCAAAGGACAGACCUGAGGAUCGGAAGCUUCACGUUCCUGUUCCAGCACCGAGGCCUACAGUAGCAAAGAGGAUCACAUCUUUUCAAAAACAUCCCGCUAUUGCACCUAAGCCCUUUGCUCUAGCUCCUAGACCUUCAGUUGUGCCUGUGGCAAAGACCUUUAAGGUGCAGGAUGAAGGUUCUUCAACUAAUCAGCAGGCGCCUUCCCUACAAGAUGUCUCGAGUAGUGGGCAAGACCUGAUCAGUUUUGAUGAUGAUUUACCUGUAGCUCCAACAGGGGAUAACGUGACCUCAUUAGUGACAGUAGAUCCUUUUCAGACAUUGGUCAGAGGUGCAACUCUAAGGAUAGACACGACACCAGGUCAACCCCCUCCAGUGCGUAAACCCACAGUAAUUCGAAUACCCAACAAAUCAGUGUCCUCAGAAGACACGUUAAGUCCACCUCCCCCUCUACCUCUGGUGACUCCCGUUGGUAAUUUAUCUGCCCGGAAGCCCAGUGUUCUGAAUAAGACUGCAGUUACGGAACUUUCUGAUGGGCCAGGACCACCUGACACCAAACCUUGGCCACCUGCGGGCAAAGUCCCUCCUGCUCGUCGUCCAACGGCUAAAGUGGGCCCGGCAAGGCCACCCCCACCAAAGAUUGCAGCUGCACCUAACUCACUCCGCCGUUCUGCAUCUGAACUGGCAAUAUUCAACACCGACGCUAGAAAAACCAGUCCGAGUCGCCCCGGGAGGAAGCAAUCGAAGAGUCAAGUCUUACAGAAGAAUCGGCCCGAUCUCCCACCUCGUCCAAGUCCUGGGCACCCGCUGUACAAUCAAUACAUGCUGCCAGUGCCGCAUGGGAUUGCUGAGUGUGAGGUCAAUUCCAAGGUCUCGGGAGACCUGUCCUUCCAGCGUGGCGACGUUCUUGUUCUCCAGCGUCGUGUUGAUGGCAAGACUCUCCGGUGCCAGAAGGGCCUUGAGACUGGCAAGGUUCUUCAGUCUCAUAUGACAAUAAUCACUCCAUUGGAUGAUGAACAAGUGAAGGUGUCAGGAAAGAAACCUUCUCCGCAGAGACAGCCAGAUGGAGACCGAAAUGCUCCCCACGCAACAGUGCUGCAUGACUUUAUAGCAGAGCAAAAUGAUGAGCUGAAUCUGAAGGCCGGAGAUGCUGUGUAUUUGCUGGAAAAACUGGAUAAAGACUGGUUCAGUGGAAAAUGCAAGGGACAUACUGGAAUUUUCCCUGCUAGCUUUGUCAAAGUUGUUGUUGACCUCCCUGCAAGUGGCUUACAGGAAAGAAAUACGAAGAAAGUUGUGAAUAAAGGACCUCGAUGUGUGGCUCGUUUUGACUUUGAGGGAGAGCAGCCUGAUGAGCUUACUUUCUUCGAAGGAGAUGUUAUUGCACUGAAAGAGUAUUUGAAUGAGGAAUGGGUUCGAGGACAACUGAAAGGUCACGUUGGAACGUUUCCUCUGAAUUUUGUAGAGAUUAUCGAGGACCUCCCGAUGCCAGUAUUGCAGCCAUCGCAGAACACAUCGGUGUCCUCGGGUUUUGGCAUGUCUGUGAGUGGCAAGACAGAAGAUACCCCCGUGACCAGUCAGAUUGAAGACUUGGGCACAGAGUGGUGUGAAGCACUUUAUGAUUUCAAAGCGGAGGAUCCUGAUGACCUGUCAUUUAAACAAGGAGAUCGGAUUCUGAUCAUGGAACAGCUAGAUGCUGAGUGGUACAAAGGGAAACUGAAUGGGCACGAGGGAAUAUUCCCGACUGCGUUUGUUCAGUUCUGUUCAGGAACCGUGAAUUCAGUAAAACAAACUUUGGGGAACAAGAGAGGCAAAGCCAAGGCAUUGUAUGAUUUUGCAGGGGAGAAUGAAGAUGAGCUCACUUUUAAGGUUGGAGAUAUGAUUGUCGAGUUGGAAUCAAUAGAUGCUGAUUGGAUGAAAGGAGAACUACUGGGAAAAGAGGGAAUUUUUCCCAGGAACUUUGUCCAAAUUGUUCAAGAGCCAUUGUGACUUUUCCUUCACUUGUGCUGAAGUGGUAAAGCAGAGCAUGACUGAAUUUUAUCAAUCAUGCUCCGUGACCUUUUGUACUGAAGGUGACCAAAAAGAGCUCAAUGACCAUUUGUACUGAAGGUGACCAAAAACUGGAAUGAAUUAACCCUUGAGAUGAAGUCAAUCAAAUGGAUUCCACAGUUGUGAAUUUGGAUGCACUGCAGUCACUUGGGUAGGUGUAUGGGUCAGUCUUGGAUAUCCACAUUUUCUUCAGUUAAUGAGCACUACAGAUUGUAUUUUUGUACCACAAUGCCACUCAGUCAUAAUGAAUGUUGCUGUAGUGAUGUUUCAUUGCAGAUUCAGAGAGCAAGACACCAAUCACAUUAUCAUCAACAGGAAUUGCCUGUACAUACUGAUAUUGACAUCAAAAGGGCUGGUUUUCCCUUUUGUGCUGUCAUCUUUCAUUUAUAUUUUCUCUCUCUUUAAUACUAACCUCAAAAGUGCCUAUUUACAUCCUGUUCCUUAUCUUUCAGCUACUGAUCUUUUUAAAAAGCUUUUUUUAAAAGUUCUAGCAUUACAAUACUGAUACGGUAUUAUUGUCAAAUGACAACUGGCUAUGGAUGGUACUGAAUUAUUCUGGUGUGCGUUCUUCACUGCUCACUUUUGCAAGAAUGAUGACUUUAUAACCUUUUGAAUAAACCAUAUUUAUUUCUUAA